CCGGGCAUGGUAUGCGUUCGUCUUCGUACAACAAUGCCAAUGGGGCAGCAGCGUCUGUGACGUCAUCCACUACUUCACCCUCUACCUCCGCCACCAAUGCCAACGCAACUAAUAACAACGGCGCAGGAUCUGCGGGCAAUAAUGCUAAUUCAACAAUUGUUAAUAAUGUAGCAUUAAAACUAAAUGAACAAUGUAAUAUUAGUAAAUUAAGUACGGCAACGGCACAGCAGGCUGCCACCAACAAUACAGUGACAAAUAAUUUUAAUUUAAAUGAAUUUAAUGCAAUGAAAACCCACAAUGCUGCCCUUAUGGCACAGCAACAGCAACAACAACAGCAGUUAGUAGGCCCCCAGUUAGGUUUAAUGCAACAACAGCAAAAUAAUGAUAACAGUAUUAAUAAUUUAUUAAUUAGUAACAAUGCCAAUAAUCAUGUAACCACAUUGAAUAUGAAUAGUAAAAUUUGGUCCUCUCAGCAACAACAGCAAUUGCAACAUUUGCAGCACCAAAAUCUAUAUCAAACAUCAUCCAACAAUUUUAACUUGGAUUCAACCAUGGCAACCAAUCAUUGCAGCGAGGCCAUGAUUUCUUCAUUAUGGGGCUCAGAGUCGAGCUCCAGUGGUUGUUCAUCGGGUUCGGGAUCUCAGCCCUCGUUGAGUCCCCACCCUCUUGACUUCAGCACCGAAUUAUCGCAGCAACAGCAAGGAGUCUUUGUGGUCGCAGCAGACCUCACCAUCGACCAGUAGCUCAGGUUGUGGCAACCAACUCAGGGAUACCUAUUAUACAGGUUCUUCAAAAUUGUCCACCACCAAUGCUUCACCCACCUCCUGGUCAAUUGGAAAUCAGCAGCAACAGCAACAACAAUCACAA